GGCAACGGUAGGGCUCCAAAGACUAGAGCAGGACAAUAACAAAAGCAACAACAUCGUCAGCAAGACAACAACCGCCGAAGAAAAAAGGGACAUUUUGCUGUUUGAUAGACCAAAUCCUCUGCAAUUCCCAUCAAUGGCUACCAAACAAACUGAUUACCAACAACAUUUCUCAUCGCAAGAGCUACCUGUAGUACUCGUAAAUCGUCUACCAUCAUUCAGGUUGCCUUCCAAGCCUCCCUUCAUAGACAAUCUACUUCCUCACUUCCAUCUACUGGACCCUCACGACGCGCCUGAGCCAUAUGACUCCUUCCUUUCCCGUCAUGCUCACUCCAUCAGGGCUCUCAUCACUGUUGGGCCCACCCCGGUUACCGCCGAGUUUCUCAAUCUUCUGCCUUGUUUGGGGCUUAUAGUGGGAACUAGUGCCGGUCUUGAUCAUAUCGACCUUCCAGCCUGUCGGAGCCGAGGCAUCGCUGUUACUAAUGCUAGCUCUGCCUUCUCCGAGGAUGUAGCAGAUUGUGCUGUUGGGUUGUUGAUUGAUGUUCUUAGAAGAAUUUCUGCUGCUGACCGAUUUGUUCGUGGCCAGAUGUGGCCUGUUAAGAAAGAGUAUCCUCUUGGUUUUAAGUUAGGGGGAAAGCGAGUUGGGAUUGUAGGCCUGGGAAGCAUCGGCUCUGAAAUUGCAAAGAGGCUUUCGGCCUUCAACUGCAGCAUUGCCUACAACUCAAGGAAGAAGAAGCCAUCCGUGCCAUUUCCAUUCUAUGCUAAUGUUAGCGACCUUGCAGCAAACAGUGAUGUUCUCAUACUUUGUUGUGCACUGACAGAGGAAACUACCCACAUUAUAAAUAAGGAUGUCAUGAUAGCACUAGGAAAGCAAGGGUUGAUAAUCAAUGUUGGGCGUGGGUCUCUUAUCGACGAGAAGGUAUUAGUGCAGUGUUUGGUGCGAGGAGAAAUAGGGGGCGCAGGUCUUGAUGUGUUUGAAAAUGAGCCUAACGUGCCCAAGGAGCUGCUUGGACUUGAUAAUGUUGUGUUGUCCCCACAUUGCGCAGUCAUGACCCCAGAAUCCUUUGAAGCAUUGCUCCAGCUGACCGUUGCUAACUUAAAAGCUUUCUUUUCAAACAAACCUUUGUUAUCUGUAGUGUCAAAUGAAUGAACUAUCCAGUCUUUUAGCUGUAAGGCUUCCUAACCUUCCCAGCUUUGGCAUCUUUGUAAGUUAAAACUCUAAUGUUCCAAUAAAUGCUUCGUGAAUAAAGAUCAACAUUUGGUUAAA